GGGAAGGAGGGAGGGAAAGAGAGAGAAAGAGGGGAGGGGAGGGGCCCAGCCCCUUGUCUCCUCAGCUUCUCUCCCUCAUUCCGCCCGGGGAGGAGCGGGGCCAGCAGCCACCUCCACCGCCGCCUGGUCUUCACGCUCGCCCAGCCUCCCUUCGCGCUCCUUAAACUCCAGCGCCCGGUCCCGUCCCGUCCCGUCUCAUCUCAUCCAGUCCGGCGUCCCGUCCCGUCCUGUCUCCUGCGGGGUACAGGGGGUUUCCACCUCUUCCUCUCCGCAGCAGCCCCGCACAGCCUCCCCACGUUGUCCCCUACUCCCAGACUGAGCCCCUUGGCCGGUCUGUGCGUCCGUCAGUCCGCUCGUUCGCCCGUCCACCAGUUAGCCCGCUCUCCCGCCGCUAGCUCGCGUGGCUCCUUUGUGUGCGGCGGCGGCGGCGGCGGCUCCCGCUCCCGCCCGACUCGGGCUCCCACCCUUCAGCCCCUCAGUCCCGCAGCUUCCGGGCGCCCCCGGCCGGGCGCCCCAGAGGGUGGAUCUAUCGGUCGCCCGGCAGGCAGGCAGGAGAGGCGGCCCCCCCCCCUCACCCUUUUCCCAGAGGGGCCCGGGCCCCGGCCCCCGGCAUGGAUGUGAGAUUCUACCCCGCGGCGGCCGGGGACCCAGCCGGCCUGGACUUCGCGCAGUGCCUGGGCUACUACGCCUACAGCAAGUUUGGGAACAAUAACAACUAUAUGAAUAUGGCUGAAGCAAAUAAUGCCUUCCUUGCUGCCAGUGAGCAGACAUUCCAUACUCCAAGCCUCGGGGAUGAAGAGUUUGAAAUCCCACCAAUCACUCCGCCUCCAGAGUCAGACCCUACCUUGGGAAUGUCAGAUGUACUGUUACCCUUUCAAGGCCUCAGUGAUCCACUACCUGCACAAGGAAAUGAAUUUACACCUCAGUUUCCUCCUCAAAGCUUGGAUCUUCCUUCUAUUACAAUAUCAAGAAAUCUCGUGGAACAGGAUGGUGUAAUCCAUGGCAGUGGAUUGCAUAUGGAUCAUGGUCACACACAGGUGUCUCCAUAUCGCCAAGAUCACUCCUUGAUCAUGAGGUCUAUUGUUCAUAUGACGGAUGCUGCUCGUUCUGGAAUUAUGCCUGCUGCCCAGCUCACAACCAUUAACCAAUCUCAACUCAGUGCCCAGCUGGGAUUAAAUUUAGGGGGUGCCACUAUGCCUCACACAUCUCCUUCACCUCCUGCAAGCAAAUCAGCAACUCCUUCCCCAUCAAGCUCUAUCAAUGAAGAGGAUGCAGAUGAGUCAAACAGAGCCAUUGGAGAGAAAAGAGCUGCUCCAGAUUCUGGCAAGAAGCCCAAAACUCCAAAGAAAAAGAAAAAGAAAGAUCCCAAUGAGCCACAGAAACCAGUGUCAGCAUAUGCCCUAUUCUUCAGAGACACACAAGCUGCAAUUAAAGGUCAAAACCCCAAUGCAACCUUUGGAGAGGUUUCAAAAAUAGUAGCAUCAAUGUGGGACAGCCUGGGUGAAGAACAAAAGCAGGUAUAUAAAAGAAAAACUGAGGCUGCCAAGAAAGAAUACCUAAAGGCACUUGCUGCUUAUCGAGCAAGUCUCGUUUCCAAGGCUGCUGCAGAAUCGGCAGAAGCACAGACAAUUCGUUCUGUACAGCAGACUCUGGCAUCUACUAAUUUAUCAUCCUCCCUUCUCCUGAAUACUCCUCUUUCUCAACAUACACCAGUGUCAGCAUCUCCUCAGACUCUUCAACAGUCACUUCCCAGGGCAAUUGCUCCUAACCCCUUAACCAUGCGACUUCCAAUGAAUCAGAUUGUAGCUUCUGUUACCAUCGCAGCCAACAUGCCAACAAACAUUUCUGCACCGUUAAUUAGCUCAAUGGGAACAACCAUGGUUGCCACACCAUCUUCAACUCAAGUGAGCCCCUCAGUGCAAACCCAGCAGCAUCAGAUACAGUUGCAACAGCAGCAGCUGCAACAGAUGCAACAGCAACAAUUGCAUCAGCAUCAAAUGCAUCAGCAAAUACAACAGCAAAUGCAACAGCAGCAUUUUCAACACCACAUGCAACAACACUUGCAACAGCAACAACACAUCCAGCAAAUCAGUCAACAGCAAAUGCAGCAGCAGCUGCAGCAUAUUCAGUUGCAACAAAUACAGCAGCAGCAAAUGCAACACAUGCAGCACCAGUCUCAGCCUUCUCCUCGGCAACAUUCCCCUGUAGCUUCACAGAUAACUUCACCCAUUCCUGCUAUUGGAAGUCCCCAGCCAGCACCUCAGCAGCAUCAGUCACAAAUACAGGCCCAGACACAGACUCAAGUAUUGUCACAGGUCAGUAUUUUCUGAAGAUAAAUAGUGCAAAAUUGAUUUGCAUUUGUUUGGGAGGAUAAGAUGUAAGGUAAACCAUAUUUGGCUGAAACUGUAAAUUGUUGAUGGUGGUUAUGCAGGUGUGCAUAACAGGUCAAUGGUCCUCUGAAGUGUCUAUCAGAUAGGCAAUAAAGAACUACAAUGUAGCUGUGUAUCAUCUUUUAGCUAACUAUAAAUCAUUUGGUUUUUAAAGAAAAGAAAAGCUGUGCGCUUUCAUGUGAUGCCUUUUUAAUUUAUUCAAGCUUUACCUACAAUAUGUGAAUCCAAUGGUCUAAUAAAUAUGGGACAUUAUGAUGACUGUAGACUGGCCUUUCAGAGUUAUAUUAUAUAGUCCUUAUUUCUCGAAGAAUGAAUGAAUGCACUUCAAGGCAGUUUGAACUCAUGAAGCCCUUAAAAGCACAGUUGUAACUACCUGUAAAAUGAAGACUCAAUUUCAUACAAACAUUGUAUGAUGUGAAUAGUUGAUGGCAUUUUUUGUCAUGGAGAAAAAUAAUGUAAAUCACAGACUUUUGCCAAAGCUAUUAUUUUUGUUCUUAAAACUGUUCAGAAAAGCAAAUGAGAGUGAUUAAAUGUUCUCUUUUAUCCAUGAUUUCCUCAAACCACAGCAUAUGUUGUAACAAUAUAUAUUACCACUGUUAUUCCAUUAUAUCCAUUCUAAUUAGAAAACAAAUGUGAAUAUUAUAUUCCGUGUUUUGAGUGAAAAGUUUCAAAAAAUAAAACACUGUAUUUUUAAAAGGGAAAUGCACUUAAAUGAAAACAGUUAUUACAAAAGUUAAGAUUUUAAAAAUGCAAGAGUUUUUUUAUUAUGCUGUAAUACCAGUAGAAUAUUUAAAAGAAGCUCUACAUCUGAAUAAUCAAUGUAAAUAAUUUCUUUAAAUGUUGUAAGUUUUCCUAUCACGUGUUGUAAAAUUUUCAUAAAGGAGGCUUUAAUGUAAACACUGGUAACAUAAACCAUUCGUUGCUACGUUGCUUAUUGUGUGUUUAUGCUAUUUUAUACUUUUUUAUGAGUUGAUAGCAGCAAUUAAGUUGUUUGUAUUUUGCUUAACUAAAAAAAUGCUUUUAUCUUGCUAUAGAAUAAACACAUUUCAGUAAAAAAAAAAUACUCAGACUGUGUUUUGAUGAAAGAAUCUUUUACUUUUCUAAUAAAAAAUAGACGUCACAUUUCAAUUGGAGUCUUUAAAAUUUAGUAUGUACGAAGGUACCACAUUAAGUUUUAUUGGAACUCAAGUAUAUCUUCCAUAUUAAAUAGAAAAUGUUAAAAUUAGCCUAGAAUUCAAAUUGCUUCACCAAAAAACUUGCAUUUCAUUAUAUAUUUUUAAAAGCAUAAAAUACAGUUUAAAAAUCAUAAAAAAGACAUGUUGUAUUUAGGUCAUAGGAUUAGUACUUGCUGGCAUUUCUGGUAUUCCAUGCUUAAAUGUGGUUGGUGAAUGUUUAUUCUGGAAUAUAAAUAAUUUUUUUCUGUACCUCCCAUCUUAGCCCCCACCCCCCUCAUUUUUCCCCCUCUGGAGAAGCUCUUCUAUGAGAGCAGUAUGGCCACUAUCCCCAGUUGUCUUGCAUGAUUAAUUACAGCAUCUGUCCUGUCAGAAGCUAUAAUGAAGAGGUCUUGAUAAAAAUUGCAAAUUACCACUGGCAACAGUCUUAAACUGCUUAUGAUAAAAUGAAAAUUAAAAACAGCAAGUGUCAAGCCUGACCAGCAUCCUAAUCUGGAAAGAAUGAAUGUGAGAGGUGAUGUCCAUAGCUAUUAUAUGUAAGAAAGAUAUACACAAAUGAUGGAGUAUGAAUUCCUGAAAGUUGCUGUUGUGGCUCAAAGAAUAUUUACUGUAUGUUAUGAGUUAUUAAUAAUGAAUUCAGCUUUCAAUAUUUCAUAAUCCUCUGGUACUCCCAUAUUAUGUACAAAUAUUGAACAGCAAGAGAUUCUAAUUAUAAAUUUAUAGAUUUCUUGCAGUAAAAAAAUGUAUGUCUAAAUUGAAGCUUUUCAUAAGAUGUAUUAGUUGACAGGUAUCGGUGUUGAAACAGUCUAAGAAUCAUACCUAAUAACAUCUAUAAGGGAAUGAUUAUUUCACAAAAGAGAGAUCUUCUGGCAAUAGAUAUCUCACAGACAGAAAUGGUUGUAAAUUUUUUCUGUGAAUUGAAAUCAGCAUCACAUAACAAUGAGAAGCAUUAUAUAUUCUGUUUUGAAACCUUUAGACAAAUGUCUUCAAAAUUAAUCGCUAAACUACAUGUGACAGUAAUUGUGUAUUGUUCUGUAAUUGUCAUAUUGAAAGCCCAUGAAGUAUCGCUUGGAAAAAUUGUCACUAGUGAUAAGAGUUAAUUGCAAGUGAAGUCUGUUUUCAACAGUUUGCAGUUAUAAGCAGGUGUUAUUACAUCCAUUAAAUGAUUUUAUAAAUCUUGGUUUUAUCACAUUUGAUUAAGUGCUGCUAAACUACUAAUAGCCAAUUCCAAGAAAAAUAGUUUAAUUACUCCAGCAUACACUUACACACACACACACACACACACACAUACGCAUACACACAUGCAUGUGCGCACACACACACAUACAUUCAUCACAAGACAGAACUGUACAUUUAAAAUGUCAAAGACUUGAAUCAUGAAAAAAUAAUCCUCAACCUUGUUACCAAAAUAUAUUUCACAAGAUCCUCCAAAGCAUAUUGUGAAACAGCUUGUAUUUCAAUUUAAACGUGUGACUGUUCGUAUCCCUAUUACUUAAGUAACUUGGUGCACUUUUUGUUACAGGUUAGAAAUAACUGGAAAUAAAUCAUGAUGAUGAAAAAUGGACAUGAGAAAGACAUAGUGU